AUGUCUGACAUGGGCACACGCAAGACGGAACGCUCUCACGAAGAGAACCAAGAGCGAGCAUACAUUGCCGCUUCGAGGAGAGCAGACCGCAGCAUUGAGGCUCGAGUUCAGUCCGCUCGCCAAGCCAGUGAGAUUCACAAGAAACGCACUGGUAAGGGAUUCAAAGUGAGCGAGGAAAUCGUCAUGAAAGAGGAAAUGUAUGAGGAAGAGGAUGAUGACAUGCCGCGCUCUAUCCAUCUUCUCAAUGCAAACAUGCAGACCCCAAGCGCGGAUAUGAACCUUCGACUGGAGUCGUACCUUGCCAACAAAGUCGCCUUCUCUCAAGCGUUAGCCCAGUCUAACAUGGCCUGGCGAGAUAAUGAGAUCAACCGGGCGUUUGCUGAGUCGUUCCCCAACGCUGCAUCCAUGUCUCCUCCUCAACAUCAAGCUGGCUCUCAGGCUCUAAAUAUGCUCAAUUCGGCCAUGUAUCCCCAAUCGCCAGAAAGCUAUCCUCCGACAACAGGGUACUCUCCACAAGGAUUCUCCCCUGCGACAAUGGCUGCGCCUUACUCGCCGACUUCAUGCUCGCCAGGGCCCGCAGCUUAUUCCCCAGCAUCAGUGUCCUUCUCUCCAUCCUCGGUACCGUUCUCUCCAGCGACUAUGCCUGUGUCCAUGCAGCAGUCUUCCUUUCCAUCGUCUAUGACAUAUCAACCGACAAUGAAUACCAACAGAAGGCGUUCGCAAACCUCAGCCUCGACGCAAGGGAGACGUAGACGAUCAAGCAACAAGUCACCUCCUUCGCUAGGAGGGACGGUUGGUACUCCAAGUUCAGGAUUCCAAACUCAAGCAGCUACUCCAAAUUUGGACAAUACUGUUACCGCGGAUACACCAAUUGACUCGGUUGAAUCGAUGGCUGUGCCUAGCGGAUCUGUAUUCACAGCAGAACUACCUCCAGAGGCCCGCAUGAUAUUAACCGGAGUUGGCGCAGACGAUGUUCUGGACCAGACUUUAGCCGGCCAAGAUUUGAUGUUUGGCACCGAUGAGAGCGCGAAAGCGUGGGGAGAACAGAUGCCCUGGGAGACGUCAAGUUAUCCCCAAGCAGGCCAAAUGGAAUCGGUUGACCCAGAGUUGAUGCCGGAUUUGUACGGAAACGGCACGCCGGAUUCAAUGCCGUCCAAGUGUGCCAUGCCAACAGCCGCCGAUGAUGAGGCAUGGGCGACGUUCAUGAACGACUCCAUGUUUGCCAAGGAGCCCCAGCUGUAA